UACACCCAAAGACCAAGACCAGAAAUGUAAAAAAACAAAGAACUAUCUUUGAUUACUGUCUCAAAAAAUUCCUUUAUCAGUUGCUCAAAUGGGGAUUCGGUUGCCUGAGAUGAUGCUUCAUGCAAAGCAAACCAUGCGAAGAUGGUCACAUUCGAAGCACCAAUGCUCUUGCCAAACACCGAGUGCGGUAAACGUCCAGAAAGGCCAUUUCGCUGUUUAUGUGGGAGACGAAGAGAAGAAGAAGAGAUUCGUGGUCCCAAUAUCAUACUUGAAGCACCCUUUGUUCCAGGCCUUGUUGAAUCAUGCUGAACAAGAGUUUGGGUUUGAUCAUCCAUUGGGUGGUCUCAUGGUUCCUUGUGCUGAAGAUGAAUUCAUCAACCUCACUUCUCGUAUAAACCAUGCCUGAUUCAAUGAGCUUAUAAUGAAGUUGGACCUACUUGGGGUUUUCAUUUGUUUUUUUUUUUCAGUUUGAUCUUCCACUGUAAGUGUAUAGCACUGAGAAUUUUAAAUGUGUGAAAAUUUUGAAGAAAAAUUUGAAAGCCUCUCUGUUUCUA